AUGAAGAUCACCUUUAGAUUGUCUACAGAAACGUCCUUUUCCGUGACGGUGCCCGACAACUCUGGUGUCGAGGACUUGAGAAACUCCGUCAAAGUCGGAUGUCCUCCCGGCGUCAAGUUACCCGCUGACUACAAGUUGAUUUACAAUGGCCAGAAGCUCACGCCCUUGUACAAGCCUCUCGAAGAGUUUGGAAUGGCAGCCACUGGCAACUAUACAGUCAUUCUCAUGAGCGACGCCUCUGAUACCCCUGUGGCCUCUCCGCGGUUGGCGCCGACCACCGUGAGUGCCCCCAAGAAGAAGGCCAAGAAGAACCGGUGCCUGUUCCAGAGCUGCACGCUGGCACCUCUCCGAAUGGUGGGCGACUGUUCCCACUGCCACGGCAAGUUCUGUGCCAAGCACCGUUUGCUCGAAGACCAUCUCUGCACAGGCUUGCAGUUUUGCAAAGAGAGUGCUCACGAAAGAAACGCCACAAAGCUCCAGAGCGAAAGCACCAUCGUUUCUCGCGUGUAA